UUCUUCUUCACCAGGCAUUCCCUGUUCAGCUUCAUUCGUGUUGACUGCCCAGAGUCCACGGGCCGCCAGCCUCGAGCAGCACUCCUGCCUGAGGGCGCAGGACCAGUCACCGUCUGCCACGCUCUACGGACAGAGUUCACACUGCCUGUGGUAUGUCUUAUACAUUCCAGAGCCUCUUUGUUGAAACAUGUCCCUGUACAGCUUUGGAUUGGAGCCUCUGUCCUGUCAUGCCUGGAACAAAGAUCGAACACAAAUUGCCAUCAGUCCUAACAGCAGCACAGUGAACAUUUAUCACAAGAAAGCAAAGGAAUGGAGUAAGAUCCACGAACUGAAGGAGCACAGUGGACGAAUCACAGGAAUUGACUGGGCCCCGGAGUCCAACCGCAUUGUGACGUGUGCCUCAGACAGAAACGCCUACGUGUGGACGCUCAAGGAUGGUGUGUGGAAGCCCACGCUGGUCCUGGUCCGCAUCAACAGAGCUGCCACGUGCGUCAAGUGGUCACCCAUGGAAAACAAAUUUGCGCUUGGAAGUGGUGCAAAACUCAUCUCCGUGUGUUACUUUGAGAAAGAGAAUGACUGGUGGCUCAGUAAGCAUAUCAAGAAAGGCAUCUGCUCUACCGUGCUCUGCCUUGACUGGCACCCCAACAACAUCCUGUUAGCUGCUGGUUCAGCAGAUCUACACUGCAGAGUUUUCUCUACCUACAUUAAGGAAAUUGAGGACAAGCCAGGCCCCACGCCAUGGGGGGCCAAGAUGCCCUUUGGGGAGGUGCUUCUAGAGCACAAAGACUGUGGCGGCUGGGUUCACAGUGUCAGCUUCUCCCCUUCUGGAGACAGCCUGGCUUGGGUCAGCCACAACAGUGCCAUCAGCGUGGCCGACGCACCCCAGGGGAAAGAGGUUACACAGCUGACCACAGACAAGCUUCCCUUACUGAGCAUACUGCACAUCAACGAGACUGAGACUGUGGCUGCGGGCCAUGACUGCUGCCCCUAUCAGUUCUCAUACAAGGGUCCUGGCCAGCUGCACUAUGUAAAAAAGUUGGGAAUCAGCAAACAGACUUCCAAAAACAGCAUGUCGGCCAUGCAGCACUUCCGCAAUCUGGACAAAAAAGCCACCACAGAGGAGGAGGACAAUGAGCUGAACACUCUGCACCAGAACAGCAUCACUCAGCUGUGCACUGUGGAGGGACAAAAGUCCAAGGUGGAGAAGUUCAGUAGUGUGGGUCUGGAUGGUGCCAUGGUUCUCUGGGAUCUCAAGCGCUGAAACUUUGCAGCACUGAAAUAGCAGGGAAGGUGCACAGUGCCCUGAUGUCUGCACAGAACCACAACAAAACAAGACCACAACACAAGAGGACCACUGGCCAACAGGAUCGCAGAACAAGGCAGCCACAACAAAGCUUUGACUGCUAUUCUGCCACGUAGAAAAAUCAAAUAACUACUCAUAAACGUUUUUUGUCUUUAGAGAAAGAUACUGCUGUAAUUGUCACUUCUGUAAUAACCCAGAUAAAAGGCAUUGUUCUUUCUUAAUUAUUAUGGUGAGGUCUGCAGAACAACAGGAUGUACUAUCAUAUACAGUCUAGGAUUUACUGGUUAUACACUGGUUUACACAUACUUCCUUGCUUGGCUUUUAGUUAAGACUUUGUAAUACAUUUUCAGACAUAUUAAAAAUGACCGUCUUCUUAUCAUAGCAAAUAAAGGACGAGUGUGGUUGUGCUUUAUUA